AUGGUCGAGACGAGAAGAGCCAAAGCUACAAGGCUCGUCCUGGACUUGACAGAAGCUCAAUCGAAACAUGCGGCCUUCAUCCGCCUCCCUGUUGAAGUCAGGCUGAUGAUCUACAAGCACCUGUGGACGCCGACCGUCAUGCCAUGGGAGUACGACGUCGUUGCUCAGCGUACGGGCCAACCCGUCAACGACCACAUGAAGCAAAUCCACGCGUUGGCGUCCGUCUGUCGUCACAUGCGUUACGAGGUUAUAGCCGAAUACUUUUUCCGAGCCCAAGCGCACGUCACCUACGCCGUCGGCGGCGGCGGCGGCGGCGGCUCUUACUGCGGUAGAAGCGAUAUGCGAGUGCUUGCCUCCAUGUGGCACCUCAAAAGCUCCAGCCUUUUCACAGAAAAUCUCCAACACGUACGCCUGAACUGGCUUCCCAUCAAUGACUGGUACGGCUGGGCUACCUGGGAUAGCAUGGUGGACAAAACCAGCGUGCGAACGGAACUUUCCUGGUUUGCCAUGGCCGCCUUAGGGUACGGCGGCGGCAGCGGGCAGCAAAAAAAGAGAGUCUUGCGACAGAUGAAUACCCUGAAGUGGCUGGCGAGCUUGAGAAGCUUACGGACUUUGGAGAUCCUGUUCAUCGAUGUCCUGAAUAAGGAUAAUGAGUUCGUAUCCUUCUACAACCCUGAGGCAUGGCGGAGAUUGCUGAAACUGCCCAAGCUGGAGUGGGUCGCCUUACGGCUCUUCUCCGGCCGCCACGAAGAAUGGAGGAACUCGCCGGAAAUGUCUUCAGAUCGUGAGAGAGUAAUGGAUCUGAUGGAUAGCCUCGUGAAAGGUCCUUCUUCAAUGCUAAAGAAGGAACGUACGGUCCAUAAGAUCGACGUUCGUGUUGGUGCGGUCACAGCCGAGCUUCCCCUUUUUCCGGCAGUUUAA